GACGACGGACACGCGUGCGUGACUCUUGCUUCCUCUCCCGAUAUGAUUGUCUCCAGGCUGGCCCAGCAUUCAUAAGUCGCGCAGGGGAUCGUCACGCCAGCCUGCUCUCCUCGUCAGUCAGCCAGCCAGUCGGUCUGUCACACUGUUUAGCUUUCUCUCGCCAGGUCGAGUGAGCAUACAUCGACAGGAACGACCUCACUUCUUUCGUUCCAUCGGCUUGCUUCAUUGCAUUAAUGCAGGAACACUCCGGUCUUGGUUUCACGACAUCCACAGAUAUUGUGUCUUGACCGCCAGAAACAGCAGCAAUGUCGUCCGAGCCAAAGGACAUCACCACCUUCAGCGCCGGCCCGGCGGCCGACAACAAGCUUGGCGAUGAUGCUUCUGUCCGCGCCGAGGCGCCCGAGCAGAUCCGCCGCGACCUGGGCUCGCGGCACAUCAACAUGAUUGCCAUUGCGGGCAUGAUUGGAACCGGUCUCUUCCUGGGCUCUGGCAAGGUCCUCUCUAUCGCCGGUCCGGCUGGUGCCCUGUUGGCUUACACGUUCAUGGGCUUCAUCACCCUCGGCGUGUCGUACACCACUGGCGAGAUCACGACCUUUAUGCCCAGAACGGGUGGUUUCAUCCGCCAUGCGACCAAAUUUGUCGAGCCUGCCCUCGGUGCUGCCGUCGGCUGGAAUUUCUGGUACACCAUGGCCAUUGUGGUGCCCACCGACAUGAGUGCCGCCGCCACAAUCAUCAAGUUCUGGAAUACGAGCGUCCCGUCGGUCGUGUGGAUCACCGUGUUUUCCGUCCUCAUUGUGAUUCUCAACUUUCUCAAUGUCAAGCUGUACGGCGAGUCUGAAGUCGUCUUCGCCUCGCUCAAGAUCAUGCUCAUCGUCGGCCUCAUCAUCGGCGGCCUGGUCAUUGAUCUCGGCGGCGGACCCAACCACGAGUACAUUGGCGGCACCUACUGGCGCGACCCGGGCGCCUUCAACGCCUACAUCCUCGACGGCUCGGCGGGCCGCUUCCUCGCCUUCUGGAAGGUCCUGCUCACGGCGGCCUUCAGCUUCGGCAACGUCCAGGUCGUCGCCAUCAGCGGGUCCGAGACGCGCAACCCGCGCAAGAUCAUCCCGUCCGCGACCAAGAAGACGUUCUUGCGCGUCUUCAUCUUUUACGUGCUGAGCAUUCUCAUUGUCGGCCUCAUUGUCCGCUUCGACGACCCCUCGCUCUCCGUGUCCACCGGCAACGCCGCCCAGUCGCCCUUUGUCAUCGCCUUUGUCCGCUCCGGAGUGCAGGUCGUCCCGUCCAUCAUCAACGCCAUUGUCUGCACGUCGGCCAUCAGCGCGGGCUCGUCGUGCAUCUUCUUCGCCUCGCGCACGCUCUACGGCCUCAGCCGCGACGGCCACGCCCCGCAGAUCCUGCAGCGCUGCAACCGCUUCGGCACGCCGCACUACGCCGUCGGCCUGACGUGCUGCCUCAUGCCGCUCGUCUACCUCAACGUCGCCAACGACUCGGCCGUCGUGUUCGGGUGGUUGGUCAACAUCACCACCGUGUCGGGCCUGAUUGGCUGGGUCGUGAUCGAGGUCACGUAUUUGCGCUUCUACGCCGGGCUCAAGGCGCAGGGUUAUGAUCGCAAGGAACUUCCGUACCGCAGCCCCGGCCAGCCAUACACUGCGUGGGUCACGCUGUUCUUUGUCGUGCUGAUCCUGCUUACUUCGGGCUUCGACGUCUUUGUGGAGGGCAACUUCACCGCCGCUGAUUUCUUGACGUGCUACCUCAACCUGGGCAUCUUUGCGGUGCUGUACAUCUUCUUCAAGUUCUUCCUCAAGUCCAAGGUCGUCUCGCUCGAGGCGAUGGACCUGCAGACCGAGUUCGACUCGAUCCGGCGCGAGAAGGAGGAGGAGGAGAGCGCCGAGGGAUACACGGAGAAGACCAAGGCGGAGAAGUUUGUCAGCCGGCUGCGGACCUGGGUCUGAUUGGGCGGGACCUGUCUGCAUUAGCCUUGUUGCCAGUGAGGCCGCGAGAAUGCUGCUGGGAUCAAUUUUGAGAGAAAUGCUCCGUUUUAUUGGCAGGGACGAACUGGGCUGGGGGGCCGAGGAAACGUUGACCUUGGAAGCGUUUUUUUGUUAUAUAGAGCACGCGUCAGCAGGGGUUCGUUGGCUAUGGUCUUUGUCGCUUGGAUAAUGUGUUAGACAGAUACCCAAUGACCGAUUUCACAUGGCUGCUGCACACAAUGAGUUGCGAGCCGUGGUAUGC